GCAAACACCGUUACGACGAAUUGCACGUUUUUCGUUGCACUUGCGUAAGUACGUUUUCCUUUUGUCACCAUAUCUCUCGUCAUUUCUUAAAAUAUUUUAUCUGGCAAUUAGAUAUGUCGGAAAGAGACGCUAUUAGAGCUUUUUCGCAUAUGCUCGAAACCAUCUUCGUCAGAAUGCGAGCGGAAGGUACUGGUUCACAAACAGAUGCGAUGCAAAGAUGGCUGGAUUUGUAUAAUGUUGGAAGUUUGCCAAUUGACAAAAAAUCAUAUAAAGCGCUGAGACUGAUGGAUCGAGAGACUACAGAUCAACAGAAAGAAGAUGCAACCUGUGCAAUUUGUUUGGAUAACUUGCAAAACAACGUCGAUAUUCCUGAAGAUCAUGUCAUCAAAGAGGAAUUAAAAAUUGAUCCAACAACGUUCGGAACCACAGUUAUCGUCAUGCCAUGCAAACAUCGCUUUCAUUAUUUUUGUCUCACUCUAUGGCUUGAAGCUCAACAAACUUGCCCAACAUGCCGUCAGAAGGUCAAAACUGAUAAAGAAGUUGAGGAGGAGGAGAGACAGAGAAAUCUUGAAGAGCUUCACGAUUCAAUGUAUGGAUGAUUUAUAAUUUAAAUCUUAUUUCUAUUAAAUUCUUCUUCGACAAAACUAAAUUAAUUUUCAACCCAAACUAGCUUUUCACUGUAUAUACUUUUGUUUUAAUUCCAAAAAAAUGUUCCACCAAAAGCUGUGAGCUAUGAGCCCCCUCGGGUGUUGAUUUUUUAAAUCCUAAAUUAAUUUAUAAAUUUUUUGAUUUCUAAAAUUUAAUAAAUCUUCACACCUGUGA